CAUGAAGCAUUUUGUAACGCAUGACUGAAUUUCUCAUAGUGUUUCUAGACGCAUGUUCAACAACGACACAUAAUGAAGAACAGUUACGAAUAGUUGCAAAGCGUCCUAUCAUAAGUACGAAUUUCUCGGAAGUGAACGAAUCAGAAAAAUCGGUGCAGAGAGUAGGACACAUUUGCUAUAUAAUCCUCCAUAUUGCGCAGUGAUAGAAUGCAAACGUACAGUUUUAUGAAAUUUCUUAACAAAAGAUGCGAAACAGCUACCAGUGGUUAGUAGCAGUGCUGCCUUGUUCAGUCUAUAUGAUAUAUAUGAUUCUGCGUACACAAGCAGUCAGUGUGGUGCAUUCGGAAUAAUAAAAUCGUUGAUUGUCGAUUCUUCUAAUCCGUGUGCAGUGUUGUGUAGUGUUGCGUGAAGGUCGUGAACUUUUGCAAGAUUAUUCGAGAAGCUUGCAAUCCGGAAGCACAUUACGAAAGGAAAGGUUAAAAGGAAAGGUGGACGAUCCUCCGCGAAAAGCCUCGGUAAAAUGGCGGUGAUCGGUACUCCGAUUGGCGCUAAGCGAUAGAAGAGGAUCGCGCUCUAUUCACGCUCGCUAAGUUUUGUUUUGAUCUAGUUCGAUAUCUAUUCUCACAGAAACCGGUCAAUUCUUGUCAUUUCAAAUCAUUCGGUUUGAUUUCGUCGAAUUCCAUUUAGCAUUGUGCGAAAUUAAAACGGCGUCCCAUUGACUGAAGAUAUAUAAUCUAGUCGAGGACGAUCAAGGUGGUAAGAAACCACCGACGGAACGGUUUUCGACGGCCGUGAUGCCGCAUCGUUCCGACCUCGAAUUUAUCGAAAGGCCGAACGACAAGGACGACUCUAUCAAAUCCUUGUCGGCUUAUCUAUAGAUUUUAAAUUCUUGAAGAGACUCUAUCUGUCAAAAUGAAAAUUGAUCGCAAUAGAUUGAGAAAAUAUACAUCAGAAGCGCCUGCAAAAUGUCAGGCGCUUAUAAACAAGUUGCGCUCAUGCUCCCAUGCAGAAUUGCUAGAGGAGCUAAAGCAAAUAGAUGCAUGGACUUUUGGUAAAUGUGAAUUAUUUCAUUGGGUUGAUGUAUUGGAUCUUAGUGACAGCAUUUUGGAAGAAGCUGCUGCUAAAAGCCCAGAUAAUCCAUGGGAAUUGGCUUGUGAUCUCCCUCAAAAUAGAGAAGCAAAAGAACUUCUCCUUUGGGUUCUACAUCUUACAACAUUAUUAAUUGAACAUUCAUAUUCGCGACAUUUAUACAGCAGUAUGGAACAUCUAGUGACUUUAUUAUCAAGCUGUGACAUGCAUGUUGUCCUUGGUGUAUUAAAUAUUCUCUAUAUGUUCAGUAAACGUAGCAAUUUCAUUGCACGUUUAAACAGUGACAAGAGGCAAGCUUUAUUAAGUAGACUUACUCUUUUAGCAGAGAGUUGGGGAGGUAAAGAAAAUGGAUUUGGUUUAGCAGAAUGUUGUAAAGAAUAUCCAGAUAAGCCACUUCCAGCAAGUGCCACAACAUUGCAUUUUGAAUUUUAUGCAGAAAAUUCAACGACAGAUUCAAAUGCCACAUCAAACAUUGGCACAAAAAAAUCUGGACAGACGAAUUUUGUAACAUGUAUACAUAUAGAAAAUGUAGAUAAACUGGGUAAAACACCAGCACAAAUUAUGAAUGAUUUGUUAAAAGUCAAUAAUGUACCCCAAGAUCGUCAGAUUGCGUUAUUUACACAUAUAAGAUUAGCACACAGUUUCUCUGACUAUAGAAGACGAUUACAAUGUGUGCACGCUCGGCUGCAGGCAUUAUCAAUACUUGUAUAUAAUAGUGAACUAGAAGAAAAUGCACAUAGUUUGCUGCAUCCUGGACUUUUAGAAGAAUUAGUUGAAUUACUGGAACUUCCACAUGCACAUCUUGUUGAAUUACGUGCUGCUGCUUUAAGAACUCUUACAAGUAUCAUUCAUUUAGAUCGCAAUCCACAUUUUCCAAAAAAACCUAGUUCAAGAUUAAAUAUGAUAAUCGAUGUCACUGGAGCUAAUUCAUAUCAUGGAUUUUUUCCUGUAUUAAUUCGAACUUGUAUUUCAACAUUGAUUUCUCCACAACCUGAAGGACAACCAUUUCCUUUGUCACUUGCAACAGCUUUAUUUAGCUUUCUUUACCAUCUUUCAAGUUAUGAAGCAGGAUGUGAAGCACUUGUUAGUUGUGGAAUGAUGGAAAGUUUGUUAAAAAUCAUGAAUUGGCCUGGUAGCGAGUUUGAACAUUUGACGUUUGUAACAAGGGCAGUUCGUGUUAUAGACUUAAUAACAAAUAUAGAUAUGCAAGGAUUUCAAGCUCAUGGUGGUUUAGCCAGUUUUAUUAAUCGUCUUGAUAUGGAAGUAAAUGUUUGUAGAAAAGAACAACCAUUUGAAAUAGAACCGAUACAUUAUCAAGAUAAUUCUCAGGCCACUCGUGAAAGAUCAAUGGAUCGCGAUGAAAGUUCUACAUCUUCACGUGCUUUUGAUGAGCGUGAAGAAUCAUCUAAUCCUAUGGAAUUUUCGGAAGAUGAGAACAUGAGUUCUAAAACUGAUGAUAAAAAUGAACAAAUACCAGAUUAUUCGGCUGGAAAAACUGGAAAAACUUGUCUACCACAGCGAGUUACACUUUUAAAAGCGUUAUUAAAUUUUAUUAAAAAAAUUAUUCAAGAUCCUACAUUUUCUGAUAGUAUUAGACAUGUUAUGGAGGGUACUUUGCCUUCUUCCUUGAGACACAUUAUCAGUAAUUCAGAAUAUUAUGGUCCUUCUUUGUUCCUUAUUGCAACAGAUGCUGUAACAGUAUAUGUUUUCCAAGAGCCAUCUUUAUUAUCUUCUUUACAGGAUAAUGGAUUAACUGAUCUUGUAUUGCAUGCUUUACUAAUUAAAGAAAUUCCUGCUAGUAGAGAAGUUCUAGGAUCAUUGCCUAAUGUAUUUAGUGCUUUGUGUUUAAAUCAGCGUGGACUAGAAUCAUUUGUAAAACGACGUCCUUUCGAACGCUUAUUUAAAGUAUUAUUAUCGCCACUUUAUCUGCCUGCAAUGAAUCGACGUCGUAGCACAGAUCCUUUAGGUGAUACUGCUUCGAAUUUGGGUAAUGCAAUGGAUGAAUUAAUGCGACAUCAGCCAAGUUUAAAGGUUGAUGCAAUCGCUGCUGUUAUAAAGUUAUUAGAAGAACUUUGUGUACUGGGUUGUGAUCCUCGUUAUAUAUGCUUGCAAGCUGAAGAUAAAUUCGAUAAUUCUCAAUCAAAUACUACUUCUGGAAAUCGUCAAUCUUCUGGACAAUCUGUUGGAGUUGGAGUUGGAGAUUCUGGUGCAGGAGGAGGAGGUGGCAGUGGAAGUAGUAGCGAUGAAGAAGAAGAGGAUGAAGAAGAAGCUAGUACAAGUUCUCAUCCACAACGUGAGGAACAAUGUUCAUCAUCCACUGCUCAACCAGUUCCACCACCUCAACCUAGAGAGAAAACUCCAAUAGCUUUAAUGGAAUAUAUACAAAAUGUUACAAAAUUCGUUGAUGCUAUUCUUAGUAAUAAUUCGACGGAUGAUCAUUGUAGAGAAUUUGUUGCCCAAAAAGGUCUUGUACCAUUAUUAUCAAUUUUAGGAUUACCCAAUCUUCCAGUGGAUCAUUCAGUUGCCCAAACGGCACAAGCUGUAGCUACAGUUUGUAAAAGUAUUUUAAAUCUCGCACAUGAACCAUUAGUUCUUAAAACUGGUCUGUCUCAGUUGAAUGAAGUUUUGAAUUUGCUGAAACCAUUAUACAAUUAUAUGGAAGCUCCAGGAGGAUCUGUUUUAUUACAUGAACUUGUCAAUGCUCCGAAUUUGGAAACAGCUUUUACCAGUGAUACGGCAACACCUUUACUUCAUGCUAUGAAUGCUGCUUAUGGAUAUAUAAUAAUGUUUGCACAAGUGUGCCGUACCAGUCAAAGUGAAAUCAGAAACUUGGCUAUGAAUCAUUGGGGUUCCGAGCUUGGUUUAACUGUUCUGAAAGGUUUAUCAGAACUGUACACAGCUUUAAUCUGGGAAAGUACAGCCUUAUUAGCACUUACCACGGAAGAUUUUAUUCCAGCUGGUUGUGAUUUUGGAAAAGAAGAUAUGGAUAAACUUAUACGUCCUGAAUCAACAAAUGAAAGUGAAAGUACUAGUUGGUCUGGUGCUACAUCUACAGAUAUGGGAAGUAAUGGAAUGACUACAGCUAUGGAAGCUUUAAGCACUGAUCCACCUCCUAUACCUAUGGAAGUAGACGAAAAACCAAGUGUUACUACAGGAAGAAUAUCUCCAAAUUCUCAUCGACUUACAUAUCCUAAACAUUUGCUGGGACUUACAUCUAAAAUGGGCAGAGCUUUAGCAGAACUCUUUGCUAUACUUGUAAAGCUUUGCAUGGGCUCUCCAAUUAGACAACGCAGAGGACAACAAAUGCCUCCAAUACCAGCCCUACCUUCACAAGCGUCUAGAAGUGUAGCAACUGCUUUAAAUUGUGUAUUAAUUCGCGGAUUAUCAUGGGAUAAAUUACCACCAUCAACAGUACCAAAACUUCAAGUAACCUUUUUGAUGUGCACUCUAAGUUUUGUAUCUCCUGCACUAUUUGAUGAAAAGGGAUAUCCAUUUCAUUUGAUGCUUCAAAAAUUCGUUAAACUCGGCGGACAAAAUGCAUUUUUCGCUGCUUUCCAUUGGGUAUUAUCUGGAGGAGGACAAUUUCCGUUAUCUGAAGGAUUAGAGCAUCCAAAUUUACCUGAUUGUACUGGAGAAUUCUUAGAUGGUUGGUUAAUGAUUUUAGAGAAAAUGGUGAAUCCUAAAACUCUUCUUGAUUCUCCAUAUGUUGUUUCUUCAAAAUGUACUGGAAUAUACAAAGUAUAUGAAACAUUUGAUCCUAUAAAAUAUCUUACGGAUAUUCAUAAGGAAGCUUUUGAGGCAGUAAUGCUAAUGUGGGGAAAGAAACCUUUAAAAAAUUAUGGAGUUCAUAUGACAGAACUUAUUUUAUCCAUCUUAAGACAUAUUUUACGAAGUGAGCAGAUCAUAAAGGAACAUGCUGAAAAAGAAGAAAAUAAUGAAGGAGGUAUUAGUGGUAGUACUAGUGGAACUAGUGGAAUCGGAAGAGGCGGAACAAUAUCUGAUCGCAGAGAAGAACCAGAAGCAGAUGUAAAUCCAGAACAUCUAAGACAAUUGAUGGAUAUGGGUUUCAGUAGAGCUCAUUGCAUAGAAGCUUUGCUUCAUACAUUGACAGUUGAACAAGCUACUGAUUAUUUAUUAACUAAUCCUGCUACUUUACGUCGAUCAGAUGUGCCAGCAGGUGAUGUAAGCGGACAAGAUUUAAUAAUGGACUUAGAACUGGUAGAUGAUGAUCAAAUAAUGCAUGCCAUAGCGAUGUCGCUUGGAGAAACAGCGGAAACGCGAAAUGUUUUCAGCACAGAAGAAUCUAGUUCACGUGAAGCUACUACCAUAACUGAAAGCAUAGAUAAAUUUACACAAAAUGCUUUAAGUCAAUGUUUAAAUUUAUUGGAUCUCAUGCCUGAUACUGUAUACAGAAUUUGCGAUUUAUUAGUUGCUAUCGCUAAAAGAAACGGAGAUGAAUGGCGUGAUAAUAUGUUACGACAACUUAUGAAAGAAAUUGGUGGUCUAGUAGAUUAUUUAAUUGAAGUUGCUGAAAGUCAAGAUCCGAAUGCUGGAGUAAAAUUAGUAGAAUGUAAAGAAGCUAAUAAAGUUACUGGACGUAUUUAUCUAUAUACAAUGUUCUUUGAGGGAACAUUCCAAGAAAUGCGAGUGCCCUGUGCUCAAAUCGUAGAAGAAUAUGCUAUUUUAAAUAAACUCGUACGUUUAUUAGUCGUAAGUGAGGGUCCGUUAACUGCAAGUAAAAGUAAAAUUGUUAAAGAAGGUAAUAAGGAUACAUCAUCUACGAAAACUAGAAAAUGGCUUGCACCUUUGUUAUUACUGAUAGAACGUUUAGAAAAAGUAGCAGUACUGACAAAGAGAAAAGAAUUAAUGUAUAAAGUAACAACUAGGAUGUGGAAAUGGUUUGAUCUCAGCACAGGAAAAUGGAAUUUAUAUUCUCCAGUAAAUAAUCGAAUAAUUAAUGAUGCGUAUUGGGCUGGCGAAUCUAGUACUAGAGUAACAUGUAAUAGGCGACGAUAUGUAAUUAAUUUUUCAUGCAUGACUCAAGUUAACGAAGAAACUGGUAAUAGAAGACCUAUCACGAUGGGCUUUAAAUUGCAUACCGGAAAUGAAGAUGGUGGAUCAGGUUCUGAUACAAAUAUGGACACUGAUGAAAAUCGAAUAGAAGAUAAACGGAAUACAGUUUUACAAGGGUUAGAUCCUAGCAUGGCUCCAAGUAUCAUACGCGCUUGUGUAAGAUUGAUGGCUAUUCCAGUAGAUCGAGAUGCUUUACAUGCAGCUAUGAAAGUUUGUUUGAGACUUACAAGAGAUUAUGAAAAUGCCGAAAUAUUUGUUCGUGAGGGUGGUGUGAAACUUCUUCUAGAAAUGUCUCAAGCAAGCAGUUUCAUUGGAUGCAUAACUUUAAGUACUCUUUUAAUAAGACAUGCUUUGGAAGAACCAUGUACUCUUCGAUUAGCCAUGGAAAAAGUAAUUCGUAGUCGUACUCAAGGCAAUAUUCCUCCAGCUUGCAAAGAAAUAUUAUUUAUGACACGUCAAAUUAAUAGCGCUGUAUGUCGCAAUCCGGAAGUUUAUAGAGAAGUUUGUGAAAACAUUUUAAGAGUAGAUAUUCGUCUGUUAGGAAAAGAGGAUGAUGAUAAUAGAUUAAUUGUCAAGGCACUUCCACCAAGUCACUCAUCAGUAAUGCCUAUGGUAGAAAAAGCUUCAAUAUCUGUUGUAAAAGAUCUUCUGAAUGCUCUUAUAAAGCCUAUGCCAGUUGUCUCUGAUGAAAAAUCUUCUACACCAACAAGGAGUCCAGAAAAGAAGACAUCUUAUUCUAAUGUUGGAAGUUCAUCUUCUCGACGAGAUGUUCUUAGAAAUAAUGCAACAACAUCAAAUGAUACUCUUGAUGAUGAGGAUCAAGUUUCUCAAAUAAUACCAAUGAAAAUUUAUCCAGAUAAUAGUAACAAUAGUAAAGUAGAACCAGAAGAAGCAGAAAAACCUUUGUUAACAAAAUCUGCUAUUCUGAAGAUUCUUGCAGAAGCCGUUCGCUCAUAUAGUGCAGUUGCAAGUUUAAUUACAGAGCAUGCAUAUCGAGCCGGACAAAGUGAAAUGGUUCCUGAAUAUACAACAGCUCUUGCUUUUCUUUUGGAUAAGCUUUUACCAAUGUCACCAGAAAAUUCAAGUGACAAACAAUGCAGCAGUAUGGCGAGAAUGUUAAUAGCUGCUAUUGCUUCCUGUAAUCAUUCUCCAGAUGUUCAAACAACUUUAGUGACUGAAGUAAAAGCAGCUUUAACAAGAACUCUAGCUCUUCCUGAAAGUUCUGAGAAACAUGCACAAAUUCAAUUAUUAGUUGGAUUGAUCUCUACCAUGAUUGAUAGUUGUCCACCAACUUCUUACAAUCAAUUAAGGACCUCCUUGAAGAUGCAUCAGUACAACAAUGUUAACUAUAUUGUAAGAAUCAUGUUGAGAAAAGGAAUAAUUACAGAUUUAGCAAAAAUUCCACAUAGUCUGGAUUUAUCAAGUCCAAAUAUGGCUGCUACCAUCAAUGCUGCUUUAAAACCAUUGGAAACGCUUUCACGAAUUAUAAAUCAACCAAUGCCAGGUGCUAUUAAUAAUAAAUUUACAAAACCAAAAAGUAGAACAGUUCAAGAAGAGCCUAUUGGAGAACAAACAGGAACUACAACAUCAGAAGCGACACAUGCUGUUGGUGAAGAAACGAACGAAGACGCAGAGAAUACAGAACACGAUAUAUCUGUUACUGCGGAAAGUCUUGAACCUACUUCGGAAAGUCAAGUACAUGAAGAUGAAGCUGCUUUAGAAGACAUUAUGGAUCAACUGCUUGAAAGUGUACUAUUUUCCAGGGACGGACCGGGCGUGACGGAAGAUCAAUCUUCUCGACCACAUAGACCAAUGGACAUUGAUGAAGAAAGUCUUGCAAUAAGAGAUGGAGAAGCUGAUUUUGAUCCAACACGAGAUGCUACGGAGGAUUUAAUGAGCUCUGAUUCGGAUUCUGAUAGUAACCCAUCUGAUGAUAAUGAAGAUGAAGUGCAAGAUGAUGAAGAUGAAGAAGAAGAAGAAGAGGAUGAUGGAGAAGAAAAUGAAGAAGAAGAGGAAGAAGAAGAAGAAGGAUCCUCAAAUUACGAAGAAGACGGAAUUGAAUUCUACGAAGAUGUAGGAGAAAGUGGUGUAUUCAGAAUGAUUCCAUCAACAGAUCGUGAUGGUAGUAGUGUCGUAAUGAUUCGACAUAAUAUAGAUAAUCAAGACAACGUGAAUUCUUCAACUACAGUUACACCACGAUCUAGUCUUCCAUGGAGUACAACAUUUCCUCUUCCUUUGGGACUAUUUGAAAAUCCUCCAUCAAUUUCUGAAAGUAGUGGUAUUAAUUCCCAUUCAUUGCUAAUACCACAAGGAGGUUUAGAUGCUACUAAUACAAGAGGUCAGAGAGCUGUACGACCGCGAAGAUAUCAAUAUCUUCAAUUACCAAAUCCACGAAAUCCAAAUCCACCAGUAAUAUUACAAAGACUUUUAGGUCCAGCUGCACAAGCAAUUCCAUUAUCUGCCAGUCAGGUUUUAGCUUCCAGUUUUCGAGAUACACGCGUUGUAGUAAUGGAUAACGGUGUUGGAAUAUUAACAAAUCAAGAAGAAGAACAAAUAGAUUUUGUGGAUCAAUCUGGCUAUCUUUUUGGAUCUAGUCUUGCAACUACAGUAAAUAAUACUCCUACUGCUUUACAUUGGUGGAUUGAAGAAAGCAAAUUAUUAGAUGGAGACUCUCAGACGGAUUGCUGUGUCGGUGUUGUACAUAAACUAAUUCCUGGACUGGAAAAACGUAGAAAUGCAGAAUUGGGAGAACGACGUGAAAGACGUAAAAUGCAAUACGCUUCUGAGAAAAAAAAUGAAAAAGACAACAAAGAUGGAAAAGAUCAUUUAAAUAAUACAGAAUCUGGUUCUUCUACUAUAAUAUCUAUGGAUGAACAAAUAUCAACUGCAUCAACAUCACAAAGAGAAGAAACGAAUAAUUUUGUUCCUAGAUUUGAAACUUGCGUGGAAACAACUCGAUUAGAACGCACACUUGACGAAGAUAUAAUUGAUGUAACUGGUGAAAUGGAUGCAACCAUUCAAGAAGAUGAAGAACGACCACCACCUCCCCCACCAGAAGAACAACCAACAGAACCUAGAGAUCCUAGAAUAAGUAACCGAAAUCCAACUUUGGAACUUGCUGAAAGUAUAGUGGAUUCUGUACUUGGACCUUGCGCGUCUGAAGCAAGCAGAUUAAGACAAUCUGAACGUACCGUUGAAGGAUCUAAUACUAAUGAAACAUCUAGUCGACCUAAUACAUCCAUAGUUGUUGAUUUUAGUCAAGAACCUAAUGAAGAUCUAUUAAGAGAAAGUGAUUCAUCUGAAUGGAUAAGAAUUCUUACGGAUGACAGUCAAUCAAAUGUUGAGCGAAAUGCGAAUAUCCUCAAUCAAAUACCUACCACUUCCGCGUCGGAAAAUAUUAAUCCAGAAAUAUCAGAACAACAACAACAACAGCAGCAGCAGCAACAACCAUCUCUACAACAGCAGCAACAACAAGAGCCACAACAAUCACAAGAACAAUCGCAGCGACAACAACAAAAUCAACAAUCUCAAGAACAACAAUUACCGGAUGGUGUAGAUCCUUCUUUCUUAGCUGCAUUACCCGAAGAUAUGCGUGACGAAGUUAUUGCUGAGCAACUAAGACUUCAACGAAUUCGACAACGAGCACAGGCAACUGUAGUCGAAGAAUUAACAGGCCCGGUUGAAGUUAAUCCUGAAUUUUUAGCUGCUUUACCUCCAGCAAUACAAGAAGAAGUUCUUGCACAACAACGCUUAGAACAACAACGUCAUGCAGCCGCAAGUGCCAAUCCAGAAGAUCCAGUUGAUGCAGCUGCAUUCUUCCAAAAUUUACAACCUUCUCUUCGACAAGCGAUUUUAACUGAUAUGGAAGAAUCGCAAAUAUCCGUUCUUCCACCAGACUUAGCUCAAGAAGCUCAAAAUCUUCGAAGAGAAUGGGAAGCUCGAAAUAGACAUAUAAUGCAAGAUCGAUUUCUUAAUCACGUUAGUCAAGGAAAUGCCGCCUUAUCUAGUAUAUUGCGAAAUUCUGGAAGAGGUAGAGGUGGUGGUACGCGUUAUGCGAUUCAUACAGUAGCACAAAGAGGAUGGCAACCAUGGUCAAAUGGUGAUCCUAGUAUAACGCAUCAUGGAGCGGGUCUACGACUCAGAGGUAGACAAUUAUUGGAUCAUGAGUCGAUGGCUUGCGUAUUGGUAUUACUGUUUGUUGAUGAACCAAAAAUUAAUACAUUAAGGCUUCAUAGAGUUAUCAGGAAUCUUUGCUAUCACGGUAGCACAAGGGAAUGGGUAGUUAGAGCUUUACUAAGUAUCAUGGAAAGAAGUAAUGAUGAAAAUAAAGAUAUAGCCAUGGACUUUGGUGGAAAAAUCAGAAGAAAAAGCUUAGUGCCCAUGAUGCAUCAUGAUUAUUGUGCUCCUAAAAUUUUUGAUCAAAGAAGCAAUGCACAGUCAUGGUUAAACAUCAGUAUUGAUGCUGCGCUUGGAUGCAGAGCAAAUGUUUUUCAUAUUAUUAGACAUGGAGGCAAAAAAUCAGAAAGACAAGGCAGUAGUAUUGCCAUCCAUCCUCAAGCAGCUCCUACAGUAUGCAGGCAUACAUUAGAAUUAUUAAUAUCAUUGGCUAAAGGCUUUCCUGGUUACUUUGUACCAAUCAAAUCUAAAGAAUCAGAUGAAAAAGAAAGUAAUAAAGAAAAAGAUUCAAGUAACAAAGAAGAAAUCGGUUCAAAAGGUAAAUCAACAUCAAAACCAGGAAAAAGUGAUCAACCUGAUUUUUGGGAUAUGUUGUUGAAACUUGAUUCAUGUGCUUCGAAAAAAGGAAAAUCAGUUGCUAGGUCACACUCAAAUUCAAAUUUAGGAAAUGAUACGGAACAUAAUACCACAACUUUUGAAUCAUCCGCUUUCGGUCAAUUAAUUUCAAUGUUAAACUGGUCGGUUAUUAAACGUAGCAGUCAAUUAACGGAUAAAGUGUUGAAAUUGUUGUCUUUAAUUUCAAUCGGAUUAACGGAAGUGAAUCCGUAUCGUAGACAAGAAGGAAAUAAGAAUAAAAGAACAGAUGUGAAUAAAGAACAAAGCAUUGCUGCACCAGAAGAACAUCUUAAAUUGGCUGUGCAAGUAUUGACAAGUAAAAGUUGCUCUGAAGAAGGACUUGAAGAUGCAACAGCUUUGUUGCUUAAUUUAUCUCAUUGUCCUGAUCCUACUAGACAAUUGAUAUUAAAAUUACUCUUAGAAGGUGCCAUGGAAUUGGCUAAUGUUGUUUGUGAACAUAUUAAAGAUUUAUUAAUGGAAUUAAAAGUUUUGAAUCGUGAACUUAGACGAAAUUCUAUCGAAGAGCAACCGUCAACUAGUACUGGAGGUUCUCGUUGGGUUCUUUUAGAUAGGUUUACCAACGAGAGUGUAGUUAUUACUGCACCAAGUAAAGUUAAAGCCGGCAGCGAUCUUCAAUUACCAUCGAUGGCUGCUCUUGUUAGCAAAACUUCUAGUCAGGCAUUUUUCUUAAGAAUACUUAAAGUGAUUGUACAAAUAAGAGAAGCUGUACGUUUAGCAAAUAAUAAAAAAACAUCCACUCAAAGUUCCGAAAGUUCUGUAGAUACUGAAAAUACUAAUCAAGCUUCAGAAUCAGGUGAAGACAAACUUCCAUUAUUAAGUGAAAGUUUAGUAUUAGAUCAUCUGUGGGAAACACUUAGUGCUUGUUUAUUGGAAUUGGAAUAUACUCCAGAUCAACAUGCAGUUUUAGUAUUGCAACCUGCAGUAGAAGCAUUUUUCCUAGUACAUUCAUCAUCGAGUACUUCUCGUGAUCGUCAUCUAAGUACAAGUACGGAAAAUCGUGAAGUAGUUCCUGAUCUAACACCUGUUUCACCAAUUUACUCAGAUAAUGAAGGAACAUCCCAAUCAGAAGCUACUAUUAAUACUUCUUGGGAUAUACAACCUACGCCACAGAAGACGUUACCACCGGACCAACUCAAGUUCCUUAAAUUUGCAGAAACGCACAGAACUGUUUUAAAUCAAAUUCUUCGUCAAACAACCACACAUUUAGCAGAUGGACCAUUCUCUGUAUUAGUGGAUCAUACAAGAGUUCUUGAUUUUGACGUAAAAAGACGAUAUUUCCGAACAGAAUUAGAACGAAUGGAUGAAGGUAUUCGAAGGGAAGAAUUGGCAGUACAUGUUCGUAGGAAUAAUGUAUUUGAAGAUUCAUUUCGAGAACUUCAUAGGCGUAAUGCUGAUGAAUGGAAAAAUCGUUUUUAUAUUGUUUUUGAAGGUGAAGAAGGGCAAGAUGCUGGAGGAUUACUUAGAGAGUGGUAUGUUAUUAUUUCCAGAGAAAUUUUUAAUCCUAUGUACGCAUUGUUUACUGUAAGUCCUGGCGAUCGAGUUACAUACAUGAUAAACUCCUCUUCACAUUGUAAUCCUAAUCACUUAUGUUAUUAUAAAUUUGUCGGUCGAGUUAUAGCUAAAGCAAUUUAUGAUAACAAAUUAUUAGAAUGUUACUUCACGCGUAGUUUUUAUAAACACAUUUUGGGAAUACUUGUGAAACAUACAGAUAUGGAAAGUGAGGAUUAUAGUUUUUACAAAGGACUUGUAUAUCUCACAGAGCAUAAUAUUGCUGAUCUUGGAUACGAAUUAACUUUCUCUACAGAGGUAAACGAAUUUGGUGUAAAUGAUGUGCGUGACUUAAUACCAAAUGGACGUAAUAUCAUUGUUACUGAGGAAACAAAAUUAGAAUAUAUUCGGCUCGUAUGUCAAAUGAAAAUGACUGGAGCAAUUCGUAAACAAUUAAAUGCGUUCCUAGAAGGUUUUUAUGAUAUUAUCCCCAAACGACUGAUCUCUAUAUUCAAUGAACAAGAACUUGAAUUGUUAAUUAGUGGAUUACCCAAUGUAGAUAUUGAGGAUCUUAAAGCUAAUACUGAAUAUCAUAAAUAUAAUGCAAAUUCUUUACAAAUUCAAUGGUUCUGGAGAGCAUUACGAGGUUUCGAUCAAGCAGAUAGGGCUAAAUUUUUGCAAUUUGUUACUGGAACUUCAAAAGUGCCACUUCAAGGUUUCGCUGCUUUAGAAGGAAUGAAUGGUAUACAAAAGUUCCAAAUUCAUCGUGAAGAUAGAUCGACAGAUAGACUUCCGUCAGCACAUACAUGUUUCAAUCAGCUAGAUCUACCAGUUUAUGAAACAUACGAUAAGCUUCGCACGAAUUUAUUAAAAGCGAUCCACGAAUGCAGUGAAGGAUUCGGUUUCGCCUAAAUUUCUGCAAAGUUGAGCAAAUUUUGCGUGAUUUUGCAUGAAAAUCGAAGAGCGAAGACAAAAAAGAAAAGAGGAAUAAGAUAUAAAAAACAACCAAAAAUAACAAA